AUUAGGCUUAUUUAACUUUGAAUACUUUAAUUUACAAUAUUAUGUUCUUGUAGAUUUCAAUCUCAUGCCUUCAAAAAUCCAAACUACUGCUGCAUUUCUUGAUGUCAUUCACCAUCAAUUCACACCACCGAUCGUUCAAAUCUCUCCACCUUCCGCUCAAAAUCUUCAUCUUCAAUUCCACAUUUUCCCGCCACCUCACUAGCUGCAGCAAUCGCAGUUCAAAUUCAAUCGACGCCGAAUCUUUCUUCACAUUCCUUCUCCAAAAAUCAACUCGUAAGGUCCAUCUCUCCCAAAUCCAAAACCAUUUAAUCGUCCACGGCCUGCAGAGCAACGGUUUCGUAAUCACUAAGUUCAUCAACAGAAGCUUCGAGCUCAAAGAAAUCGACUAUGCCCGCCAAGUGUUCGACGAAUUCCCUGACCGGCAUGUGUUCCUCUGGAACGCAGUCAUCAGAGGGUAUUCAAUGCACAAAAUGUUUGACAAAGUUAUUGAAAUGUAUUCAGCAAUGCAGAUUGCUUUUGUGAAUCCGGAUGCAUUCACAUUCCCUUAUGUGCUCAAAGCUUGUGGAGAUUUACCCGAAUUAGGAUUCGGCCGAGCAGUUCAUGCGCAGAUUCUCAGGCAUGGAUUUGACAACGACGCCUUCUUGCGUAACGGGCUUCUCUCGUUCUAUGUCAAGUGUGAUGAGAGUGUGAGCGCCCGUGUGGUUUUUGAUCAGAUGAAGGUUAAGGAUGUGGUUUCAUGGACUCUGAUCGUAUCAGGAUAUGUCCAGAAUGGGGAGGCUGUGGAGGCUUUGAGGGUCUUGAGGAACAUGAGAGAAUCGGGAGUGAAUCUGGAUUGGAUCGCCUCGGUUAGUGCUUUGAAGGCGUGCUCGGAUAUUGGGGAUUUGAAUCAAGGGAGGUGUCUCCAUGGUUUGGUGAUCAGAAUGGGGUACGAGCUCGAGCCUGACCUGCGUGUCGCCCUCGUUUCCUUGUACGCGAAAUGUGGUGAGGCGACGGCUGCAAGAUCACUCUUUUAUGAAGCUAAGGUUGUAGAUGUGAUGCUUUGGAACUCCAUCAUCUCUGGUUUUGCUAAAAGCGGCUAUGCUUCUGAGGCUUUGGAGCUUUUCAAUCAGAUGAUUGGUAGAAGCAUUCGACCCGAUGCUGUGACUAUACAGUCGUCUGUAUUGGCUUCUGCACAGAUAGGUUCGUUAGAGCAGGCGAAACGGAUGGAGUGCUAUGUAAAUGCGAGUAGCUAUAGGCACGAUGGGGUGAUCAGGACGGCCCUGAUUGAUAUGUAUGCCAAAUGCGGUAGCGUGGAGUUGGCUCGAAGGGUGUUCAACCAUACUACAACGAAAGACGUGGUGGUGUGGAGCGCGAUGAUCAUGAGCUAUGGGAUAAACGGGUGGGGGAGGGAUGCACUGGCCCUGUUCCACGAGAUGAAGAUGGCCGGGGUGUGCCCUAACGAGGUGACAUUCCUCGGCCUCAUCACAGCCUGCAGCCACUCCGGCCUCGUGGAGGAGGGUUGGGAGGUUUUCCACAGCAUGAGAGGCUACGGGGUCGAGCCUCGCCAGAAGCACUACGGUAGCAUAGUCGACAUGCUAGGCAGGGCAGGGGAUUUGGGGAAGGCGUAUAGGUUCAUAGAGGCCAUGCCCGUUGAUCCGGGCGCCUCUGUUUGGGGCGCCCUGUUGAGCGCGUGUGAGGUGCAUCGGAGUGUCUGGCUAGGCGAGCGUGCGGCAGAGAGACUCUUGAGCUUGGGCGCGUUUGACGCGGGUCACCACGUGCUGAUGUCGAAUCUAUACGCGUCCGUUGGCCUCUGGGGUGGGGUGGAUAGAGUAAGGGAGCUCAUGAGGUCGAGAGGCGUGUGCAAGGAUUCAGGGUGUAGCGCGGUUGAGAUUUGUGGUGCGUGAAUCUCGUCUGAGAUCGGGAUUGAGUUGGGUACGAUGCAAGGAUAUGUAGCAUAACAUUUCUCGUUUUUUUUGCAUACUCAUGACAAUAGUUCAUAGAGGAUCUUGCUUAAGCCAUAGGCUCCAAAAAUUUUGGAUGAUUAUAUUCCAUAAACUUUUAUGUCUCACAAUUAAUUUCAUUAUUUUACAUUAA